AGCUUCUCUAGAGUUUGCUCAUGAGGCAGGAAACCAGGGCAGGCAGCGAGCAAGAGCGAGCAGCGGCGGCGGCAGCAGCAGGGAGCGCGCGCCCGCGUGCGGGGUCGUGGCUGCGCUGCCAGCCGGUCACCGCGUGCCCGCUGGUGAUGGGGAGGACGUGAGCGGGGACGGUGCCGUCACUGCUGCUGCCCGGCCAUGGGAGUCUGAGAGCGGCUGGUCCUCACCUUGCUGCCAACAGCCACCAUGGGCUGCUGCUGCAGCUCGGACUACGACGACGACUGGAUCGAGAACAUCGACAUCUGCGAGCACUGCAACUACCCCAUCGACCCCGACAGCAAGCGCCAGCAGCUGAUCCGCAAUGGCUCCGAGGUGCGCGAUCCCCUGGUGUCCUACGAGGCCACGUCUCCGCCGUGCUCCCCCCUGCAAGACAAGCUGGUGGUGGCCCUGUACGACUACGAGCCCACCCACGACGGGGACCUGGGGCUGCAGAAGGGCGAGAAGCUGCGCAUCCUGGAAGAGAGCGGGGAGUGGUGGAGGGCGCAGUCGCUCACCACGGGCCAGGAGGGUUUGAUCCCCUACAACUUCGUGGCCAUGGUGAACAGCCUGGAGCCCGAGCCGUGGUUCUUCAAAAACCUCAGCCGCAAGGAUGCUGAGCGGCAGCUCCUGGCCUCGGGCAACACGCACGGCUCCUUCCUCAUCCGGGAGAGCGAGACCUCCAAAGGCUCCUACUCGCUGUCAGUGAGGGACUUCGAUCAGAACCAGGGCGAGACGGUGAAGCACUACAAGAUCCGCAACAUGGACAACGGGGGGUACUACAUCUCCCCCCGCGUCACCUUCAGCAGCCUGCACGAGCUGGUGGAGUAUUACACACGCAGCUCGGACGGGCUGUGCACCCGCCUCGGCAAGCCCUGCCGGACCCAGAAGCCGCAGAAGCCGUGGUGGCAGGACGAGUGGGAGGUGCCGCGGGAGUCGCUGAAACUGGUGGAGAAGCUGGGAGCGGGGCAGUUUGGAGAAGUCUGGAUGGGCUUCUACAACGGCCACACCAAGGUGGCCAUCAAGAACCUGAAGCAGGGCAGCAUGUCGCCCAGCGCCUUCCUGGCGGAGGCCAACCUCAUGAAGAACCUGCAGCACCCGCGGCUGGUGCGGCUGUACGCCGUGGUGACGAAGGAGCCCAUCUACAUCAUCACCGAGUACAUGGAGAAGGGCAGCCUGGUGGAUUUCCUCAAGACCUCGGAGGGAGUGAAGCUCAGCAUCAACAAGCUGCUGGACAUGGCUGCGCAGAUCGCCGAAGGCAUGGCCUUCAUCGAGGCCAAGAACUACAUCCACCGCGACCUGCGGGCUGCCAACAUCCUCGUGUCGGACACCCUGUGCUGCAAAAUCGCCGACUUCGGGCUGGCUCGCCUCAUCGAGGACAACGAGUACACGGCUCGCGAGGGGGCUAAAUUCCCCAUUAAGUGGACGGCGCCGGAGGCGAUUAAUUACGGGACGUUCACCAUCAAGUCGGACGUCUGGUCCUUCGGCAUCCUGCUCACCGAGAUUGUCACCUACGGCCGGAUCCCGUAUCCAGGGAUGACCAACCCCGAGGUGAUCCAGAACCUGGAGCGCGGCUACCGCAUGCCGCAGCCCGACAACUGCCCAGAGGAGCUGUACGAACUCAUGAUGCAGUGCUGGAAGGAGCGGCCCGAGGAGCGGCCCACCUUUGACUACAUGAAGAGCGUGCUGGAGGACUUCUUCACCGCCACCGAGGGCCAGUACCAGCAGCAGCCCUGAGGGCCCGAGCAGCCUCGGGGGCGCGGCGGGGGGCACCGCUCUGCUCCCCGUGCUGUGGGUCCCCGCAGACUCCUUCUGCACCCCCCGGCGGGCACCGCCUGGACCUGGGGGGGAAGCAGCACAGACUCGGGGUGCACCUGAAGGCACACAUCGCCCCCCAGAAGGCAAAGGGCCCGCGGGCCCAGGGGACAUGCCAUGCACCGCCGUGCCCACCCAGCUGCACGCCACCUCUGCCGUCCGCCCCGAUGGUGGCUGUGAGGUCCUGGGGACCGUGUGGGGCCCCCCAAAGGGCUUCAGGGCUGGGGAGGCUUUAGGACGGGGAGCCCCUGGGGUGGCUGCGGGGCCCCGAGGACUGUUUGGGGACCCCAAAGGGCUUCAGGGCUGGGGAUGCUUUGGGACCGGGGAGCCCCUGGGGUGGCUGUGGGGUCCUGGGGACAGUGCGGGGACCCCAAGGGGCUUCAGGACCGGGGAGACUUCAGGACAGGGGUGCCCCUGGGGAGCGCGGAGCCCCCGGUUCCCCGGGGGGCAGCAGCCGGGGAGCCCAGCACCGCCCCGGGCAGGGCCGCAGGGGCUCAGGGCUUCGGCCUCGGCCCCCCCCGCGCCCGCAGCGCGCCUGCCCCGGGCAAUACAGGACCCUGGGCCCGCCGCCAGCCCCACCGGGACCGGGCAGAGCGGCCCCGGAGCCCUGGCCGUGCCCCCCCCGCCCCCACCGGGGGUCCCGCACCGGGCCCCCCCCCCCCCCCGCCUUCACGCAUGGUUCAUCCCCACC